AACUGUAUGUAUGCACUAUAAAUCUUGAUGCAUAAAUAAGCAACCAAUAACUGAUUCAUAUAAUUAGGCUUAGUUACUUUGUGAUAUAUAUUAUAAGGAGAAAGAUAGAGCAAAAGAUCAAAGUAGAAAAUGGUGAGGAAGAGGAAAGUUGAGGGGGAAGAGGAGAAAGAGAACAAUGGAAACGUGGGUUGGGAUCAGAUGGUGAAUGAGGCUGCAAAUGGUGAGGCUAUUUGUGGGACUCCAAGAGCUCGAAAACGCUAUGUUGGCGUGCGCCAGCGGCCAUCAGGGCGGUGGGUGGCUGAGAUCAAGGACACCAUACAGAAGAUAAGAGUAUGGUUGGGAACAUUUGACACUGCUGAGGAAGCAGCCAGAGCCUAUGACGAGGCAGCUUGCUUACUGCGUGGAGCGAAUACUCGAACAAAUUUUUGGCCCUGCUCUCCUUCUCCUAAUUCAACUCCAGCUCUUCCCUCUAAGAUCACAAAUCUUCUUCUCCAUAGGCUCAGAGCUAGGAACUAUGCUAAUGCUCCAACGGCUGCUUCUUUGCAUGCCGAUCAACAGAGCCAAGAAACAAUUGAAAAACAAGAAACACAAUUUGAUCAUUUCUUUGAUAUGUCCAAUGCUGCAAGUGAUUGCUUCACUGCAAGCAUUGGAUCGAGUUUCACCGGUGUAGGAAGUGAACUUGAAGUGCCGGAAACUAACUGGACUAGUGUUGAUCAGCUCCUGAAUGAUGAUGGUUACAGUGGGGCGGAGGGAGAUCAGAAAAUUGGAGAAGCAGAAGAAGAAGAUUAUAAUGAUGAUAUCGGGAUUGUGGACUUUCAGUUUGUGGACAGUGUAGAAUCAUCUUGUUACUGUUCUCCAUUUGAGAUUGCAGAAGAGAUGGUGGAGCCAAUGGAACUGGAGAAUUAUGGUGAAGAUCCCUCAAUGCUCACUGAGGCUAUGAAGAGGAUGAAGUAUGAGCGCAAGUUCUCGGCUUCCCUCUAUGCAUUCAACGGGAUUCCAGAGUGUCUGAAACUGAAACUUGGAUCAGGAGGAAAUGUAACGGCGAGAGAGAGGUCUGAGCAUAUGUCUAAACUUAGCCAUGACUGCAGUGGCAAUCUAGAAAUUGUUAAGAAUGAGGAAGAAAAUGAUGUAGAUGCUCAGGCCCCAGUGCAAGAACAGGAGAGAAACCAACAGAAUUCAACGGAAAUAAUAGGUUCUUCUUCAUCUCCUUUUACCACUACUUCAUCCUCUUCGUCGAGCAAGGAAGGAGGCAAAUGCUCGCUUUGGAGUUCCCUUGAUCUCCCUCCCAUUUCUAUGUUAUUUGGAGGACAAAAUGGUUCCUAAUCUACUUGUUUUCUCUUAAUAGUUUUGUCAUACUUCUAUCAUCUAUUAGGCCGGAUGCUUUGAAAUGCAUCAAGCAACUUAUGAGA